GCAUCAGUUAAAAGUAUUAUUUUCCCGUUCCCCUGUUAAACAGGUAAAUCCGCGAAAAGAUGGGUGACUGGAGUUUCCUGGGAAACAUUUUGGAAGAAGUUAACGAGCAUUCUACGGUCAUCGGGAGAGUAUGGCUGACAGUUCUGUUCAUCUUUCGCAUCCUCAUCCUUGGUACCGCUGCCGAGUUCGUGUGGGGGGAUGAACAGUCAGACUUUGUGUGCAACACCCAGCAGCCGGGUUGCGAGAACGUGUGCUACGACCAAGCCUUCCCCAUCUCCCACAUCAGGCUGUGGGUCCUCCAGAUCAUUUUCGUCUCCACGCCGUCCCUGGUUUACGUUGGCCACGCGGUCCAUCACGUCAGGAUGGAGGAGAAGAGGAAAGAGAGGGAGGAAGACGUGAACAGGCAAGAGGUGAACGAGGAGAAACUGCCUUUAGCCCCAGACGAAGGCAUCAAGGAGCCCACCAAAACAAACAAGAAGUUCCGCCUGGAGGGCACCUUACUUCGAACAUACAUCUGCCACAUCAUCUUCAAAACCAUUUUUGAAGUUGGUUUUGUAGUUGGCCAGUAUUUCCUCUAUGGAUUCCGCAUUCUACCACUCUACCGCUGCGGUAGAUGGCCUUGUCCCAACACCGUUGAUUGUUUCGUGUCUAGACCAACCGAGAAGACAGUGUUUGUCAUAUUCAUGUUGGCAGUCGCUUCGGUAUCUCUCUUCUUGAAUUUCAUCGAAAUAAGCCACCUGGGUUGGAAGAAGAUCAGGUUUGCUUUUCGGAAGAAUGGCCAGCAGCCGGUAGAUUACCCGUCGCAGAAACUCUUCCACUCGAUUAGCGUGUCUUCCGUACAGAAGGUGAGAGGUUAUAAACUGCUCGAAGAAGAUAAGCCGAUGACCCACUUUUACCCAAUGCCAGAGCCUGUCAAUCCAGCUCCCUUAAUCGGCUACCAAGAAAAAGUCAAGAGCGUUGAGCCAGUGGGAGAUAUGAUUAAAGUCUACAACGAGACGUUGCUCACCUACGAACAGCAAGACGACGCGGAACCAGAACUCCAAGCUGGCGCAGAACCACAAGUGGACCCGGAAUUUGUGGCGGAAUCUGACCCUGCGCCUUUGGCAGAAGCGGAGGAAAACGGCGAGACCACGGAGCCGGAGCCACCGGCGGGAACGAGCGAAAGUCUACCAGCUACAAGACCCUUGAGCAGCUUAAGCAAAGCAAGUAGCCGAGCUCGGUCAGACGAUUUAACAGUUUGAAGUAAUAUUAGGUGAAAAAUUAAGCUUGAAAACGGA